UCGCAGACAACUUGCAACACCCUAUACGAAAAAAAAUACAAAAAUUAAUACAAAAUAUAAAAACUAAAAGAAAAUAGUUUCUAAAAAAGUUAAAAACUCAUAAAUACAGGGCCAUGAAGAGAGUCCACGUGGAUAAUUACACCCCAAAGUACUACAGUGGGAAGUGGUCGUGGAACGACGAGAAGGACUGUCUGGAAUUUGAGCCACACAACGAUCUGGAGAAUUCCAGGGAGCGAUAUAUCACCACCAAUGGCUACAAGUUCCUGCGGAUCAUCGACCAGGAGGAGGAGCUGAUCUUCCGGCAGGCUUAUGUCCGUGAUCCUGGCACCUACGACUUCGACACGUUGGUCAUUAACGAUGUGCGCGACCUGGUCCUCUUUCUGAUGCCCAGCGAGUUCCUAACCUACAGGUUCGUGGACUUCAUGCACCGCCCGGCGGUCCACCGCCUCAUCCACGCCCUGAUCAUCUACUUCGAGUACUUCCUGCGGAUGGUGGAGUUCGUCCUGGUGCGACGCGACGAGCUGGCGGACCAGAUCCAGAGCGAUCAGACCAUCGAGAUGAAGAAGAUCUUCUCAGUAUAUCUCAGCCAGUACCGGCUCCUGGUGGCCCGCAACUACAGUGUGAUCCUGAAGGGCGAGGGCGAUAUGGCCCACUACUACCACCUGAAGCAGAUCGUCAACAUUUCGGACACGAGCCGGGACAAGAUCUUCCACGAGCAGUUUCUGGCCGUGGCGACCCAGAUUGUUUGGAUCUGCAUGCACCGGCGGGCGUACAACGUCAUCGAAAUGGAGAUGAACCGGCUGUUCCGAUCCGAUCACUUCGUGAUGACCCGCCCGGAGUACCUCAGCUUUACGCCGGCGGAGCGGAGUCUCCUCUACGGGCCGAACAACAAGAUCGUCAACUAUCGCACCCAGAUCUCGCCGCUGAUCCAGGAGCUGGAGCACGUGGCGGAGGAGGACAUGCCCAUCCUGUGGAUAGGGGAGCGCAAGUACCGCGGCACCGACCUCCGCAUCGCCGAGAUGGAGCUGGAGUACAUUGUGCCGGGGCCACAGCUGCGGAUGAUCGAUGUGGCGCACGGCAUCCUGGGUCACCCGAAGGCCCUCUACAACACCAUCCUCGACCUGGACUGGCCCACCGUGCGCUACUCGAACUUCUCGCAGCAGUACGACCCGUACCACAUCAUCCGCCAGCCGCACCUGGACAUUCCCAGGAUCGACGCCAUGAAGGUGCGCAAGAUGAGCGAGCACUACGAGCACUUCUACAAGGUGUACCGCAUCUACGAGCCGCACAGCAUGCAGAUCCUGAACAAGUGGCUUAAGCGGGACAAGCUCGUCCAGUUCUAUCGCUCCGGCGGGCUCCUCCUCACCAACGUAAGCUCCCGCUGCGAGAAGGAGCUGGCCGAAAAGGUCCCGCCCACCAAGGUCGAUCAGGUCAUCGCCAACUACUACAAGGUCAAGUCCAGGCUGCGCAAGGGAAGUCCCUACCAGGCGGAUAACAUCAGCAUCACGUCCUCACGCAUCGGAGGCUUCACUUCGCCGCGCAACAAAAAAGUUACUCAGGAAUACUACUUCGAAUGAUUUCUCCACUGGUAAAGAAUUUAUUUUCUGGAAUUAGUAUUCGGAGGUAUUGGCGAUAAUUCAAAAUUAAAAUUCCGUGAAUAAAUUCUAUACGCUAGUUAUUAACAA